AUGAAUAUGGAUUUCACAAUCGACAACCAACACCGCAGACGGUAUUCUCCAUCGCCAAAUAAUCUCUCCCCAACGACAAGUCCAGGGGAUAGAAGUCCGAGUCCAAGCGCCUGGAGAAGAAGUGCAAGUCCCUACAAGACCGCUGUUGUCACAACCACAGCAUACGAGACCGCUGUAGUCACAACCACAGCAUACGAGACCGCUAUAGUCACAACCACAUCAUACGAGACCACUGUUGUCACAACCACAUCAUACGAGACCGCUGUUGUCACAACCACAGCAUACGAGACCGCUGUUGUCACAACCACAUCUUCCGAGACUGAUAUUGUCACAACCACAGCAUACGAGACCACUGUUGUCACAACCACAGCAUACGAGACCGCUGUUGUCACAACCACAUCUUACGAGACUGAUAUUGUCACAACCACAGCAUACGAGACUGAAGUUGUCACAGCCACAGCAUACGAGACCGCUGUUGUCACAACCACAGCAUACGAGACCACUGUUGUCACAACCACAUCAUACGAGACCGCUGUUGUCACAACCACAGCAUACGGGACCGCUGUUGUCACAACCAAAUCUUACGAGACUGAUAUUGUCAUAACCACAGCCUACAAGACCGAUCAUGUCACAGCCACAGACUAUGAGACCGCUAUUGUCACGGCCACAGCCUACGGGACCGCUGUUGUCACAACCACAUCAUACGAGACCACUGUUGUCAUACGAGAACGCUGUUGUCAACUAUGA